ACGAAAACCAAACAACAGGAAAAAAAGAAGCGUCGUUCCCGUGAAUUUAACUUUUUUAAAUACUUAAUUAUUUAUUGGCAAAUUAAUAACAACGAUAUAACUAAUAUGAAGUUAUUUAAUAAUUAAAGCAAAACUUUAUAAUUUCAAACAAUAUAUAUUAAAAUUCAAAAUGUCCUUAGAAGGUGCAAAAAUAAUUUGCCUGAAUGCCGAUGAUGAUGGAAAAUUUGAAACUAUUCCCGCAAAUGGCAGAACUUUCAAAUUUGGUUAUUAUAUGGACUGUGAUGUUGUUCUUGAGCAUCCCGAAGCAAUGGGAUUGCAGUGUGUUAUUAAUUGUGAUGCGUUUGGCAGGGUUACUAUUGAAAACCGAUGCAGUGAUCAACCAAUAACUUUAGACGGAAAAACGUUGGUAAAAAUGCGUCCACUGCUGCAUAACACAGAAAUUUGUAUAUUGGAUAAGAAAUAUCUUUGGCACUUCGAUGGCAACCCAACGCCUAGAGGAUUCCAAAUGGAAGAUACCAGUAAUUUUUCAACCCCUUCUAAACAAGGUAAAAAGCCUGAACAGCCCCCCAACUCAGAACCAGCUCGAAAGUGGCGAAGGCCGUUAAACACCAGACUUACAAUUCACAGUUUUGCCUUCUACAUCAAAGCCGGUGAAACUCCGAAAGACGUCAAAUCUACAGCUGAUGAAAAUAAACCUUUGAACAUCCACGAAAGAAUAAUAGAUGCUGAUUCAGUACCAAAUAAGAGAUUGUCAUCGUCACCACCACCAGCUGAAAAUAUUAAAGAUUUUAUCGAUUUAAAUACACCCAAAAUAGAACAAAAAUCAUUUAGUCAUAGAGACCAACAAUGGAGCUGUUGCAAACUGUCUGAAACUGUUAUCACGUCGUACUCCCCACGCGAAACUGGUAUAAGACAGGAAAAAUCUUUUGCGGUUGUACAAUCACCUUUGGCAACAAUAAAUGCUAAUAAAGCCUCAAAUAUUAGCCUAGGGCCCUUUCAUCAUACUGUUUCGCCACAAACAAAUCAAAACUAUCGUCCUUCUAUGCAUCUGAUUGAUCUUAUAACUCCAAAAAAACGCAUACCCCCCGCAUCGUCCCCAAAUCCUACCCUUUUAAAAUCGACCCUUAAAAGAAACAUUCUUAAGGGAUCAUCACCACAUACCCCACAAAAAAUGAAAAAAACAGUAGAUAUUUCAACCCCAGGAAGCGCUGAUACUGUAUAUAGCGUCCAUUCUACUGACGAUGAAAGUGUAAUAGUACUUUCGGACGAUUGUAGCGACUCAACAUCACCAAUAACAAAGACUCCACCUAGAGCCCGAACUCCUCAGUCACUUAUGAAACGUGCCAUACUCAGCAGUGCUAAAAAAGUAGCUGUCAAUAAAAAGUGUCUUAAUCAGACUGAAUCUAGACAAUUAUUUACGCCUAUAACUUCAAAAAAUCCUUCCGCUGUACGAUACAAAAGUCAAAGCACUCCACAAAGAAAAUCCCUUGGAAAACUUCCAUCACCUGCUGAGAGUCUCUCUGCAGGAAAACCACGAAGAUCUUUAGUAACUUCGACACCAUUUCGCCAAAGAACUGAAAUAGUUUCACCAUCAAGUUCAUCAAGACGUUCUUUAGCACUUAGCUGUCAAUCCGGAAGUGCUAAGAAAGAAAGCAGAAAUUCGCUAAUGCUAAAGCAAGCUCUCGCGAUGACACCUUCCACUGCAACCCUGACUCCCAAACGAAGCUCGGUUUCAUGUAUAAAAACCCAAAGUAAGCCAAGAAAAUCGGUCUCAUUUUUACACCAUGUAGAAGAAAAGAAAAUUGCAAAUUCCAAUGAACCUGACGAAUAUGCAGUUGACGAAUCACUUAAUCAUACUUUUACCAUUGAGGAUGACGAUAAGAAUGAUAUUGCAUCGACACAGGACGGAUGUUCUUCUACCAAAAAUGUUAGUUCUUCGCCCAAAAAAGUCAAUGUUUCUCUAUCUACACAAACAUCAACGACACCGGAAUUAGUGGCUGAUUGCAAAUCAUCUUUUAAAUCUGAUUCAGUCGUGCCUAAAUCUACUUUAGACAAACCGAUAGGAACGGAAGAACUAUGUGCAUCAACUAAAUCCAAAUAUCAAGCAUCAGUCGAAACAGAGUCUGAGGUGGAGCAAUUAUCGUCUAUUGCUUCCCAGGUAGAAAUUAUAUCUGAAAAUCCAGAGCAAUUAGGCAGAGAGAUUAAUGAGGAACAAUUUAUUAUUAAAAACAGAAAUCCACAAUCACUUGAAUCCUCAAAAAACUGUUCCAAAAAUAAUGAAAGCAUGGGUGAUAAACAUUUUCAAAACACACUCGAACACACAGAUUACGAUUAUGAUGGUGUGGACGAGAUCUUCAAGACUCCUAAAGCUAAAAACGUAAUGAUCUUGAGCUCACCGAAAAGCAUAAGUCUUCAAAAAACAUCCUCAGAUUCAGUGGAGCUGAUACAUUCAACAGAAUUUGAUUUAAGUGUAAAUCUUGAUCAACUCUUCCAAACUCCUCAAAGCGAAUUAAUAACCAGACGUGUUGAUCCUGCUACUCCCUCGACAGUUGUUUCCAAUGAAGCUCUAUCACCAGAAGAACGCUUCGAUAUGCUUGCUGGGCGACCCAUUACUAAAAAAAGCUAUGCCCGAAAGACACCAAGAAAGAAACAAGAGCAAACUCCUCUUAAAACUUCAAGUGAUUUAAGCUUACCGAACACGGAUAUUGAGGAAUGGAUAGAUAACGUCAAUGAUAUAUUGGCAAUUCCCCAAGAAGAAGAUGAAAUUUCUUACCUAGCAGAAGCUAUGAAUGAUAUUUCUCGUGAUCCUUUAUUGACGCACUCGGUGCAAAGAAGUUCAAAUAAAAAUAAAACAGCAACCAGAAUAAAUACACCGAAGGACGAGUUUGAGAUGACACUGAAAGAAGAAUACGAAGAAGAGGAGAACAAAUCACAACCAAUUGCUUUAAAAGAUCCACUGGAAACGACUGUUCCAAGAUCUCUUUCUCCGAAUAUAAGUGGAAUAGGAUUGUUAGAUCAUACUUCAGAAUCGAUAUUCUCAGAAACUCUUGCUCUUUCUGAUGAUGCAUCACUAAAAGAAACUGAAAAGUCUACGAAACUAACUGAAGCUCAUGAAGAGACAGGCCUGUCUAACAACGAAAAAGAAUUAAAUGUAUCGCAGGAAGACAAAGCGCGCAAGGAAAUAGAAGAAGCAUUCAAAAAUUUUGAAAAACAGCGAAAGGCCUUGGACGAAAAGAGGCUUGCUUCAACGCCAGAGGCAAAGAAGCCAACUCUUUCUAUAUUUUCUAAAAGAAGAACUAUGGGAAAUGAGAUAUCAUCUGAGUCGACAUUUGAUAUUAACGCAUAUAGAGCAAAGCAAAAUGAGCAUCAAAUGCCAUUUGAUAAAUCAAAAACGUCUUCUGAAAAAAACUUAAUAUCACAAUCAAAACACAGUAGAGAGGACGUGUAUACAAUUUUGUCUGAAAAACAACAUGUACCACAACAAAGCAUUAAAUUGGACCUUGAAAACUCUAAACAGAAAUUUUCAGAGCAGCAUGAAGUUAAAACACCAGAACCUAAGAGUGUAACCUUGAAAGACCACAAAACAAUUCUUGGUAGCGGGCUUGUCUCAGAUGUGAAACUAGAUGUGCAAGCAGCCAAGGCUGAAAGAGAAUUGGAACUGGCCUUUGAGAACUUUGAAGAGGAACCAGAAUUUUCGGAGCGGGUAGUGAAAACACCAGAACCUAAGAAGAUAGCCCUGAAAGAUCACAGAAGAACUCUUGGUAGUGCGCUUGCUUCAGAAGUGAAAUUAGAUUUGCAAGCAGCCAAGGCUGAAAGAGAAUUGGAACUGGCCUUUGAGAACUUUGAAGAGGAACCAGAAUUUUCGGAGCAGCGGGUAGUCAAAACACCAGAACCUAAGAAGGUAGCCCUGAAAGAUCACAGAAGAACUCUUGGUAGUGCGCUUGUCUCAGAUGUGAAAUUAGAUCUGCAAGCAGCAAAGGCUGAAAGAGAAUUGGAACUGGUCUUUGAGAACUUUGAAGAGGAACCAGAAUUUUCGGAGCGGGUAGUAAAAACACCAGAACCUAAGAAAGUAGCCCUGAAAGAUCACAGAAGAACUCUUGGUAGUGCGCUUGUCUCAGAUGUGAAACUGGAUGUGCAAGCAGCCAAGGCUGCAAGAGAAUUGGAACUGGCCUUUGAGAACUUUGAAGAGGAACCAGAAUUUUCGGAGCAGCGGGUAGUCAAAACACCAGAACCUAAGAAGGCAGCCUUGAAAGAUCACAGAAGAACUCUUGGUAGUGCGCUUGUCUCAGAUGUGAAACUCGAUCUGCAAGUAGCCAAAGCUGAAAGAGAACUGGAACUGGCCUUUGAGAACUUUGAAGAGAAACCAGACUUUUCGGAGCAGAGGGUAGCCAAAACACCAGAACCUGAGACGGUCGCCCUGAAAGAUCACAGAAGAACUCUUGGUACUGCGCUUGUCUCAGAUGUGAAACUGGAUCUGCAAGCAGCCAAAGCUGAAAGAGAACUGGAACUGGCCUUUGAGAACUUUGAAGAGGAACCUAACUUUUCGGAGCAGAGGGUAGCAAAAACACCAGAACCUGAGACGGUCGCCCUGAAAGAUCACAGAAGAACUCUUGGUAGUGCGCUUGUCUCAGAAGUAAGAAUGGAUCUGCAAGCAGCCAAGGCUUUAAGAGAAUUAGAACUGGCCUUUGAGAACUUUGAAGAGGAGCCAGAAUUUUCGGAGCAGCGGGUAUUCAAAACCCCAGAACCUAAGAAGGUAGCCCUGAAAGAUCACAGAAGAACUCUUGGUAGUGCGCUUGCUUCAGAAGUGAAAUUAGAUCUGCAAGCAGCCAAGGCUGAAAGAGAAUUAGAACUGGCCUUUGAGAACUUUGAAGAGGAACCAGAAUUUUCGGAGCAGCGGGUAGUCAAAACACCAGAACCUAAGAAGGUAGCCCUGAAAGAUCACAGAAGAACUCUUGGUAGUGCGCUUGCUUCAGAAGUGAAAUUAGAUCUGCAAGCAGCCAAGGCUGAAAGAGAAUUAGAACUGGCCUUUGAGAACUUUGAAGAGGAACCAGAAUUUUCGGAGCAGCGGGUAGUCAAAACACCAGAACCUAAGAAGGUAGCCCUGAAAGAUCACAGAAGAACUCUUGGUAGUGCGCUUGUCUCAGAUGUGAAACUGGAUGUGCAAGCAGCCAAGGCUGAAAGAGAAUUGGAACUGGCCUUUGAGAACUUUGAAGAGGAACCAGAAUUUUCGGAGCAGCGGGUAGUCAAAACACCAGAACCUAAGAAGCUAGCCCUGAAAGAUCACAGAAGAACUCUUGGUAGUGCGCUUGCUUCAGAAGUGAAAUUAGAUCUGCAAGCAGCCAAGGCUGAAAGAGAAUUGGAACUGGCCUUUGAGAACUUUGAAGAAGAACCAGAAUUUUCGGAGCAGCGGGUUGUUAAAACACCAGAACCCAAGAAGGCAGCCCUGAAAGAUCACAGAAGAACUCUUGGUAGUACACUUGUCUCAGAUGAGAAACUGGAUCUGCAAGCAGCCAAAGCCGAAAGAGAAUUGGAACUGGCCUUUGAGAACUUUGAAGAGGAACCAGAAUUUUUGGAGCAGCGAGUAGUCAAAACACCUGAACCUAAGAAGGUAGCCCUGAAAGAUCACAGAAGAACUCUUGGUAGUGCGCUUGCUUCAGAAGUGAAAUUAGAUCUGCAAGCAGCCAAGGCUGAAAGAGAAUUGGAACUGGCCUUUGAGAACUUUGAAGAGGAACCAGAAUUUUCGGAGCAGCGGGUAGUCAAAACACCAGAACCUAAGAAGGUAGCCCUGAAAGAUCACAGAAGAACUCUUGGUAGUGCGCUUGUCUCAGAUGUGAAACUGGAUGUGCAAGCAGCCAAGGCUGAAAGAGAAUUGGAACUGGACUUUGAGAACUUUGAAGAGGAACCAGAAUUUUCGGAGCGGGUAGUGAAAACACCAGAACCUAAGAAAGCAGCCCUGAAAGAUCACAGAAGAACUCUUGGUAGUGCGCUUGUCUCAGAUGUGAAACUGGAUCUGCAAGCAGCCAAGGCUGAAAGAGAAUUGGAACUGGCCUUUGAGAACUUUGAAGAGGAACCAGAAUUUUCGGAGCAGCGGGUAGUCAAAACACCAGAACCUAAGAAGGCAGCCCUUAAAGAUCACAGAAGAACUCUUGGUAGUGCGCUUGCUUCAGAAGUGAAAUUAGAUCUGCAAGCAGCAAAGGCUGAAAGAGAAUUGGAACUGGUCUUUGAGAACUUUGAAGAGGAACCAGAAUUUUCGGAGCAGCGGGUAGUCAAAACACCAGAACCUAAGAAGCUAGCCCUGAGAGAUCACAGAAGAACUCUUGGUAGUGCGCUUGUCUCAGAUGUGAAACUGGAUCUGCAAGCAGCCAAGGCUGAAAGAGAAUUGGAACUGGCCUUUGAGAACUUUGAAGAGGAACCAGAAUUUUCGGGGCAGCGGGUAGUCAAAACACCAGAACCUAAGAAGAUAGCCCUGAAAGAUCACAGAAGAACUCUUGGUAGUGCGCUUGUCUCAGAUGUGAAACUGGAUCUGCAAGCAGCCAAGGCUGAAAGAGAAUUGGAACUGGCCUUUGAGAACUUUGAAGAGGAACCAGAAUUUUCGGAGCAGCGGGUAGUCAAAACACCAGAACCUAAGAAGGUAGCCCUGAAAGAUCACAGAAGAACUCUUGGUAGUGCGCUUGUCUCAGAUGUGAAACUGGAUGUGCAAGCAGCCAAGGCUGAAAGAGAAUUGGAACUGGCCUUUGAGAACUUUGAAGAGGAACCAGAAUUUUCGGAGCAGCGGGUAGUCAAAACACCAGAACCUAAGAAGCUAGCCCUGAAAGAUCACAGAAGAACUCUUGGUAGUGCGCUUGCUUCAGAAGUGAAAUUAGAUCUGCAAGCAGCCAAGGCUGAAAGAGAAUUGGAACUGGCCUUUGAGAACUUUGAAGAAGAACCAGAAUUUUCGGAGCAGCGGGUUGUUAAAACACCAGAACCCAAGAAGGCAGCCCUGAAAGAUCACAGAAGAACUCUUGGUAGUACACUUGUCUCAGAUGUGAAACUGGAUCUGCAAGCAGCCAAAGCCGAAAGAGAAUUGGAACUGGCCUUUGAGAACUUUGAAGAGGAACCAGAAUUUUCGGAGCAGCGGGUAGUCAAAACACCAGAACCUAAGAAGGUAGCCGUUAAAGAUCACAGAAGAACUCUUGGUAGUGCGCUUGUUUCAGAAGUGAAAUUAGAUUUGCAAGCCACCAAGGCUGAAAGAGAAUUGGAACUGGCCUUUGAGAACUUUGAAGAUGAACCAGAAUUUUCGGAGCAGCGGGUAGUCAAAACACCAGAACCUAAGAAGCUAGCCCUGAAAGAUCACAGAAGAACUCUUGGUAGUGCGCUUGCUUCAGAAGUGAAAUUAGAUCUGCAAGCAGCCAAGGCUGAAAGAGAAUUGGAACUGGCCUUUGAGAACUUUGAAGAGGAACCAGAAUUUUCGGAGCAGCGGGUAGCCAAAACACCAGAACCUAAGAAGGUAGCCCUGAAAGAUCACAGAAGAACUCUUGGUAGUGCGCUUGCUUCAGAAGUGAAAUUAGAUCUGCAAGCAGCCAAGGCUGAAAGAGAAUUGGAACUGGCCUUUGAGAACUUUGAAGAGGAACCAGAAUUUUCGGAGCAGCGGGUAGUCAAAACACCAGAACCCAAGAAGGCAGCCCUGAAAGAUCACAGAAGAACUCUUGGUAGUACACUUGUCUCAGAUGUGAAACUGGAUCUGCAAGCAGCCAAAGCCGAAAGAGAAUUGGAACUGGCCUUUGAGAACUUUGAAGAGGAACCAGAAUUUUCGGAGCAGCGGGUAGUCAAAACACCAGAACCUAAGAAGGCAGCCCUAAAAGAUCACAGAAGAACUCUUGGUAGUGCGCUUGUCUCAGAUGUGAAACUGGAUGUGCAAGCAGCCAAGACUAAAAGAGAGUUGGAAUUAGCUAAAAAUAGUAAAGCUUGUUCAGAAUCUGAAGAAAUGUCUUUCUCAACUAAAUCUUCAGAGAUUCUGAUUGAAAACGAGAAUCUACAAGUUCAUGCUGAUAACUAUCACACCAUUACAGAAACUGAUGAGUUGAAUGAAAAUGUGGCUUCGACAAUUUCCGAUACACCAAAUGAAAAAGGCAUUCCAUUAAGGUCUUCGAGAAGACGUCUAAAAGCUUCAGGCGAAAAUAAGCAAUUAAAACCAAAUCCAAAUGCAUUAGAGCAACCAGACCCAAUCAAUAAUAAAGCCUCCCAAAAUGAAAACAUCAAGACCACUGUUCUUCGAAGAACCCGUAGAAAAGAAGUUCAAAUACAAGAUGAUAUUAAGACUUCACCUGCAGAAGAGGCUACGACGAUUCUUCAAGACAACAUGCCGCAAAUACGAAGAACACGUCAAAAUUCAGUUGAUGCUUUAAAAGAUGAUACAAAACGUACUACUCGUCCGCACAAACAGCUUAAGGCAGCAUCUAACAAUGAAGAGUCAAUAAAAACUUUCAGCCAACGAAUAGACUCCACUGACGUUGAUUCUACUGAGGACGAAUCGAUUCAUCCCCGCAAAAACAGAAAAAUAAGUAAAAUCGAUUCCAACACCACCGAGACGGUUUUCAAAGAAGAAGGAACAGAACGCCAACAUAUUUUAGGGCAAAUCGAUGAAGAAGAGAUUAAACCAAAUAUAUCAGAUCAUGAUAUCGAAGCAAAAUCAAAAAUAACUCUUAAAGCUGAAGCAGAUGAAAUCAUGAGUUUAAGCAAUAUGCCAUCUCGAAGUCGCAUCCGAGGACGCAAAGCGCAGUUAAAUGUGGUGCUUAUAGAAUCUAGUGAUACAAAUACCGUUUCAACUGAUACAAAGAGUUCCAGACAAGAAGAUUGUAAAAACAAAUACAAUGAAAUAAAUGAAGUUACCAAUUCUAAGUUAGAAGAGUCCAGCAAAGAUGUCGAUGAAUCUAUUCCCUCAACUCCACUGCCAUUGAAUUCGGGCGCAAGAAGAAUAUCAAAAACUAAGGAUAUAUUAAUUCCAGUUCCAGCCUUCAGAAAAACUCGCAAGGGCAGUGUUAAUAAAAAUCUUGAAUUACAAACUGUGGAUAGUAUUGAAACGAAUGCUGACGACGAAGACAUUGUCCCGUCAACACCUUUAGAGAGAAAGACUCGUCGGAGAAAACUUUCCAACAAACUAAAAAAAUCCCCAAAUGAUGCAAUUGUAAGGCAGAAUACUGUUUCAGAAAAUCCGACAAGUAUGCAGUUAGAAACAACUUCUGAAAACAUUGUUCCUCUAGAUAAGCAAAACCCUUGCCCAGAAGAGAUGUCUGGAAAUAAGGAAAUUACUUCAAAAGAGAGUGCAAUUGUUGAAGAUUCCGAAAUGAUAGAUUGUAAAAAUGAAGUGACAAUAAAGAGCAUUCAAUCUUCCUCAAUCCGAGAAGAAAAGCCCGCUUCAUCAAAAGUCCAGCUUGAACCAGAAAUUCCAACAGCCAAAGAUACAACAGAUGAAGAUGAAAAUAACCAAACAUCUUCGAAAAAUAUAAGCACAAGUACAUCCAUGAAAACUGAAGAUGAAAUUACUGCACCAAAACUAACGAAUAGACGAGUUGGACGUUCUAAGGCGAUUAAAAACAUUGUUCUUAAGUCUAAUGUUAAUGACGAAGUUCCAACAGAAGAAAAUUCUAAGAAUGAUGAAAGAAUUUCUAAAGCUACCGAAACUCCAUUAAUUGAAGCUUCAGAUAGUGUCCAGGACUCAGUAAAAACUUCCGAACGUAGAAUAGCUGUAAAACCAGAAAAUGAAAUUAAGGUCGUUAAAAGAGGUCGUAGACAUGUCGCAGAACAAAAGGUUGAGAAGCAAUUUGAUUCAAAAACUCUCCAUGAAAUCGAUUUAGAAAAACAAGUGGAUCCAGUUUAUUUGAAAACACGUGGAAACAAAUCGGAAGUGCUAGUAGAGCCAGAGGCGCUAAUUAAAAGUCAUAAACUGGACCUUACAACAGAAUGUACUGUCAACACUGAUGGUCAAAAACACAACCUUACAAAUAUUGAAGAUAUUGUAAGAACUGAUGGAUCCUCAUGUAAGCCUCAAGAAAUUCAAAACAAAAAAGAAGCUCAUAUACCAUUGAAAACACGUGGACGUAGAGCAGCAGUGAAGUCAGAAAAUGUCGUAUCAGACGCCAAAAUCAUUCAGAAUAGUGAUAACGAACAGAUAUCUGAAACACCACCAUUGGAAGGAACUACAAAUCAUCAAGAAGCUAUAAAGACAAAUGUCCAAGACUUGCAAACUAAUUUAAUCAGCCAAAACGAAAAUACAAAAUAUGCUGCUACUACUGAACAAACAAUGGCGUCAGUUCCUGUACAGAAACGUGGACGUAAAGCAAAAAUAGAACCAGCACUAUCCACACCAGUAAUUGUGACACCAGUUCGAAAAACAACACGAAAACAGUAUGAAGAAGUCCCUAUUUUAGAACCAGAGACUUCGAUAGACGACGGAGAGAACGAAGGAAAUGAUAAAGAAGAAAUUGUAAAGACUCACAGGCAUAAAGUUGCACUUGAUAAAAUACCUAAUGAAGCUAUCAUUGAAAGUUUAACACCAGUAAGAAGAGGUGUUCGAAGAAGAGCUCAAAAAACGCCGGAAUCAAAAGAAACUCCAGUUGAAGUUCACGAAGAAGUUGUUGAAUCUUUACCCCCAACUAGAAAAGGUGCACGAACAAAGGGUGAAAAUGUUCAAAAUGCUUUACUGGAAUCUAAUGUUGAGAUUCCAUCAUCUCGGCGACGACCUAAAAUGAAUCAGAAACUUAAUGUUAUUGGCAAUUUAAAAAGUUCCGAACAUAGUAUUGAACCUGUCGAAAGUAAGGGCAAAGCAUCUGCACACACAGAACCACAUUCUAUUAAAUCCGAAACCCUUUCUACUGAAAACUCACCACUUGAACAAAAAACAAGACAAAAAAGAGCUCCUGAAUUGUGUAACGACAAAAACGAGAUCGUUUGUGUAACAAAACGAACUCGUAAAACCCCCGUAAAACUUGCCGAGUUCGUAGUUAGCAAUUUAGUACAUGAAAUAAAACCAGAAACUCUUGAAAAUGAAUCUAUUCAAGAAAAUUCAACACCAGGACGAAAACGUGGUCGAAGAGUUAAUGUUAAAAAUGAUGAUCAAAAAUCUAUAACUCUUCCUAGUAAAGUUGGUCGACAAGAAAAAUCGAAGGAUGAAGUUUCUGUAACAUUAUUAAGUCAAGAUCCCCCACAAAACGAUGCAUCAUGUGACUUAACUACGAGUUCUUUAAAAACAGCUUCAGAAAAUGAGUCUAUUCAAGAAAAUUCAACACCAGGACGAAAACGUACUCGAAGAGCUAAUGUUAAAAAUGAUGAUCAAAAAUCUAUAACUCUUCCUAGUAAAGUUGAUCGACAAGAAAAAUCGAAGGAUGAAGUUUCUGUAUCAUUAUUAAGUCAAGAUCCCCCACAAAACGAUGCAUCAUGUGACUUAACUACGAGUUCUUUAAAAACAGCUUCAGAAAAUGAGUCUAUUCAAGAUAAUUCAACACCAGAACGAAAACGUGUCCGAAGAGCUAAUGUUAAAAAUGAUGUUCAAAAAUCUAUAACUCUUCCUAGUAAAAUUGAUCGACAAGAAAAAUCGAAGGAUGAAGUUUCUGUAUCAUUAUUAAGUCAAGAUCCCCCACAAAACGAUGCAUCAUGUGACUUAACUACGAGUUCUUUAAAAACAGCUUCAGAAAAUGAGUCUAUUCAAGAUAAUUCAACACCAGGACGAAAACGUGUCCGAAGAGCUAAUGUUAAAAAUGAUGUUCAAAAAUCUAUAACUCUUCCUAGUAAAGUUGAUCGACAAGAAAAAUCGAAGGACGAAGUUUCUGUAACAUUAUUAAGUCAAGAUCCCCCACAAAACGAUGCAUCAUGUGACUUAACUACGAGUUCUUUAAAAACAGCUUCUGAGGAUCAAAAAUCAGAUCUUGAGGCCAGAAAACAGAAAAAAGCUACUCGUGGCAGAGUAAAAUCUCGACAAGAGAGUACUUCGAACAUCGAGGAAGAACAAACUGUAUGUGAGCAACCAAUCACUGUAAAGUUACAAAAUGAUGAGAUAACUCAAGAAAAUUCAACUCCAACACAAAAACGUAGUCGUAGAGCAAUUGUUAAAAAUGAUGAACAAAAAGAAUUAAACUUACCUCGUAGAGUUGGCCGUCAAGGCAAAACAAAGGACCAACAACGUGCAAGAAACGAAAUUGAUCCAUCAUGCGAGCCGGUUUCAGCUUUAGAUGAAACUGAGGAACAUUCACAAGACAAACAUAAUCCUAGAGUUAGAGAUAAUUCCAGAGGCACGAGCCCACCGAUCCCAAAACCAAACGAGCAAGAAGUAAAAAUUGAAGAGACACAGAAGAAACCCACCCGUGGACGAGGAAGGGCUCCACCGAAAACUCAUUCAACACUAGAGAGUACAACAAACACCGGGGAGGAACAAACUGCAUCUGCUACAAAGCCAAAAUCACUUCGAAGUCGAGGUCGAGCUCCCACAAAAGAACACCAUGAAAAAGAUACUAUCCAAGAAAAAAUAUCAGACCCCAAACUUUCCAAUGCAAAGUUAGAAAUAAGCCAGAACAAUGAUGAAGAAAUAGUUGACAAAAAACCAACACGAGCCAGAAGAGCAGCCGCAGCAGAACCUAAAGGAUCUCCACUCAAAUCUUCUACGCUCAAUAGGACAACACGCGGCGGGCGUAAAGCAGCAAUGAAAACCACUUCCGAUGAAUCUGACGGCCCAGAACAAGAAAAAGACACAAAGUCAACUUUAAAACGACGAAAUUUAGAGAUACAAACAAACGUGAACCAAGAAGAUACACCAUCAAAGAGGACAAGACGUAAACCGAUUAAACUCAUCAGCGAUGAGUUUGUUACAUAAACCUUAAUUGGCGGUGCCAGAACUUGAACUUCUUUACUUUUUGUUUUAACCUAUUUUGUAAUUAUUAUUUUAUGUUUUUUUUUUCCAUAACUUUCUUAAUAAGAUGUCCCCUUCGUUGUAAAAAAAAACAUAUUUACAUUACUCAAGUUGUUUUACAACUUUUUCUUUAUAAUAAAUAUAUAUAAGUGUUUUGAACAAAGUCAUAUUAUUGUUUGCAUACUUUUGAAUAUCUAUUGAUGGAACGCACAAAAGAUUUAUGAGAAGUGUCUAAGGAUUCAAGACAUUAUAAUUGGUUCUGCUACUUGGCCAUCUGUCAAAUUCAUUUUGUUUCUGUUUACUCGAUCGUUGCGUCGUCGCUGGCUUUUUUCGUAUUUUAUCAAAAUCUUUAAACUAACUUAAAGCUAGACACAAAUUCUUAAAAAAACUAGCGUAAAUUUCAAAA